CGGUGCCUGCGGUUACUCGUUUAUGGUUGGCCCACAAGCAGCUGCGCGCUGUGGUCUGGAGGAGGAACCAAGCACAGAGGCCCGUGCGCAAACCGCGUGUGACACGGGAUCGGACAGGCAAGGCUAGCUAAUUAUCCAAGUGAACUCCAGAGAUGGAUUCCAGCAGCAGUGAGUGUUUCAGGUGUGGCCGUUCCGGACACUGGAUCAAGAACUGCCCUGAAGCAGUACGUGGGCGUGGCAGGGGGCGUGGCCGUGGGAAAGAUCUGUUCUGUUACCGCUGUGGAGAGCAGGGCCAUAUUGCGCGAGACUGCGAGCAGACUGAGGAUGCCUGCUAUAACUGCCACCGCAGCGGGCACAUCUCCCGGGACUGCAAGGAGCAGAAACGCGAGCAGUGCUGCUACAACUGCGGGAAGGCGGGGCAUGUGGCGCGCGACUGCGACCACAGCCUCGAGCAGAAGUGCUACUCCUGCGGGGGCUUCGGCCACAUCCAGAAACUCUGCGACAAAGUCAAGUGCUACAGGUGCGGAGAGACUGGCCAUGUUGCUAUGCAGUGCGGCAAGGCAAGCGAGCAAAGCUGCUACAACUGUGGGAAGACUGGUCACCUGGCCAAGGACUGCCCCAUUGAAGCCACCGCCUAACCCCCCACCCCACCCCUCCUCUCUCACACGCUUAUUUUCUCUGUCAGCUUAGCUGGCUACAGUAUGGCCCACGGAGGCUGGUUCCAGGCCAGACCCAGGCCAGUCUCAGGCCAGUGAGCUCUUGACAUGUUAAAGGGGUGGAAAGUGGACUUCCUGCAUUCAGUACAAAAGAUGUGUUUAGGUUGUAGAGGUGCUGUAACCCCCUAUGUGCAGAGGGGUUAUGGAGGGAGUCUAAGAACUCCUUUAGCCAGAUGGGUGUGGGUGUGUGUGUGUGCGUGGGUGUGUGUGUGUGUGUGUGUGCGUGGGUGUGUGUGUGCGUGCGUGCGUGGGUGUGUGUGUGCGUGCGUGUAUGAGUGCGUGCGUGCGUGUGCGUGUAUGAGUGCGUGUGGGUGUAAGAGAGAUCAGUUUGCAGCUUAUGACCAACAUGUUUCAGAGCUGUACAAACAGUAGGUGGGUGUUAAUGGCAACUAAAUAUUCUAAUAAACUGCCUAAAUUCUAAAUGUUAUCUUAAUAAACUGGCUACAUUCUGGGUGUGAAAAGAUGAAUGAAACUGACGUCCUUAAUUGAGUUGUAAAUGCUGCCUGUACGCACGUUUCAUGAGCGAAUGAGCCCAGAAGCAAAACCUUCAUCUGCAGAAAGAAACCCCCAAUUACGAAAUGUUUUCCACAGAAUUCAAAUCUUAUUUUUGUAUAAUAUGUCAUGUAGACCACUGUAAAAAUAUAUAUAUAAUUUGCUUGUACUUGGUUUGUCAGACAGUAAAUGCAACUGAGAAUAUAGAAGUGUAAUUUUAAACUCAAUAAACAGGAGGAAGGGGAA